GAGGUGGGGCCGCUCCUCCCCGACGCCGGCGGCCCAGGGCGGCCGGCAAGCAGCGCCCGCCCGGAGUCGCAGCGGUCCCCUUCGCCCGGCGAUCAGGGCUGGCAGCGAUGCCGGGGCGGGGGAAGAAGAGCCAACCGAAGAGUUAUUACCGUUAGCAGCGACGGCAGCGACUAACGUCGACGGCGACGGACUAAGCGGCUCACUUGGCUUCCGCCCCCUUCCACCAGGGACCGGAAAUCCGGCUGCUGCAGAUCACGUGAUCGGCCGUCCUCUCCACUGUGGCGGCGGCUGCCCGGGAGGAGGAGCGGGUAUCCGACCGACUCUGCUUCCUUAAGGCGUGGCUUCCAAGCUGGGGGGAAGGUUCAGUGGAUUGUGAGGGGGAGGUGGAGGAGGAGGAGGAGGAGGCGAUGGCGGCGUCGGCGACGGCGCGGGAAGAUGGCGUCCGCAACCUGGCGCAGGGGCCGCGGGGCUGCGAGCACUAUGACAGAGCCUGUCUCCUCAAGGCACCUUGUUGUGACAAGCUUUAUACUUGCCGACUGUGUCACGAUACCAAUGAAGAUCAUCAGCUAGAUCGUUUCAAAGUCAAGGAAGUACAGUGCAUCAACUGUGAAAAACUCCAACAUGCCAAACAGACUUGCGAAGACUGUAGCACAUUGUUUGGAGAAUAUUACUGCAAUAUUUGCCACCUGUUUGACAAAGAUAAGAAGCAGUAUCAUUGUGAGAACUGUGGGAUUUGUAGGAUUGGUCCAAAGGAAGAUUUUUUCCAUUGCUUGAAAUGUAACUUAUGCCUAGCCAUGAAUCUUCGAGGAAAACACAAGUGUAUUGAGAAUGUUUCCCGGCAGAAUUGUCCAAUAUGCUUGGAGGACAUUCACACCUCCCGUGUUGUUGCUCACGUCUUGCCGUGUGGGCAUCUCCUUCAUAGAACGUGUUAUGAAGAAAUGUUGAAAGAAGGUUACAGAUGCCCAUUGUGUAUGCACUCUGCCUUGGACAUGACUCGGUACUGGAGACAACUAGAUAAUGAGGUAGCACAAACUCCCAUGCCGUCGGAAUACCAGAACGUGACUGUUGACAUUCUCUGCAAUGACUGUAAUGGACGGUCCACAGUCCAGUUCCAUAUCCUAGGCAUGAAAUGUAAGCUCUGUGACUCCUACAAUACUGCUCAAGCUGGAGGCCGCAGAGUGUCAGUGGAUCAGCAGUGAGAAGCCUGCCCUUGGCUAGAGAACAGCUCUGUGAUGUAGAUGAUGCUCUGUGUAAAAGAUUCCAAUGUCCGAUCUGACUGUGCAUUAGAGAUGUUUUAUACCACUGUCACAGCAGUGGAUCACAUCGUGGAUCUCUGGAUGGGAUUGUAAUAGCGCUUACUGGGUGAAGCCUCUGAGCGUGUGUAGAUUGGAAAUUCCUUUAGUGUCAAGUUUUGAAGCCAAUGAUGUUUGUCCCAGAUACAGUCAUGUUCAUCAAAAUAUUUUAUAUUUUCAUGGAAGUUUAAGUGACACUAUGCACGCAGAGUUAAUUUCUAGUUCUUAUUAGAACCACAUUCAAUUUUAACUAGUCUUUAAUUUUUAAGGGCUGUACUGUAAUCUUUAAGUUCUUAUUAUUAAAAUUUAAUUACGUGUGCUUUUUAA